AUGUUUCCCUCCCAGGCUGGCAAUCUAGAUCUAGAUGCUCUGAGUGGUAUUUGCGGGUCAAUUUCCAUUGCCUGCUGGGUCGUGGUUUUCUCACCGCAAAUCAUUGAGAAUUUCCGUCGUGGCUCUGCUGAUGGUCUUUCUCUACUCUUUCUCGUGGUCUGGCUAGCAGGGGAUGUUUUCAACAUUCUUGGUGCCGUCCUUCAGGGCGUGCUGCCUACAAUGAUCAUCCUCGCCGUCUACUACACCCUCGCAGACAUUGUUCUUUUGGGCCAAUGCUUCUACUACCGGGGAUUCACGCUGCGGGAUGAACUGUCUAGUCCCACUUCUCCCGCAGAGAUCAUCACUGAAGAUGAGCCCUCGCCGAGUAGAAAGGCAACCGAGCGUACCUCUCUACUUCCUCCCAAGUCUAACGGCCACUCGCAUCAGGUCCAAGCCCAAGAGCCUCACUAUCAGUCCGGUCAGGCGGGCUCAGCAGCCACAACUACACAAAUGCCGCCGUUACCAUCGCAUUCGGGCCAUCGGCGACACUCUGCAACAUCCUUUCGAGAAAUUAUCCAUCCGAACAUCGACGCGACACAUCUGUCACCUGUAACACCCUUCAUCGAACCGACUUCGAAGAAAUCUUUGUCUGCUCGACGCAUUUCCACUCUUCAGACUGUCCUUCUCAACGUCGCUGCCAUUGCACUUGUCUGCGCUGCAGGAGCGCUGGGCUGGUAUGUCAGCCCUAGCUCUUCCAAGAACGAUGAAUCAGAAUCUCCUGGAGAUGACGGCGAUUCAUCCUCUCUUACUUUCGACACCCUAGGUCAGGUGUUUGGCUAUCUAUGCGCCGCCCUGUAUCUUGGCUCACGCCUGCCCCAGAUUCUUCUCAACUACCGGCGCAAAUCUACGGAAGGGGUUUCACUGCUAUUUUUUCUCUUCGCAUGUAUCGGCAACCUGACCUACGUACUGUCUAUCCUGGCUUAUUCCCCGGUCUGCAAGCGACACACUCGCCAGUCCCACCACUGUCGCCCCGGAGAAGCCGCUGCGCUCUACGGCCGAUAUGUGCUUGUUAAUCUGUCGUGGUUGAUAGGGAGCUUUGGGACUCUCUUGCUUGACAUGUGUAUUUUCAUUCAAUUUUUCUUGUACAAAGAAAACGGAGACUGA